CGUACGUUUUUUAGAGAAGGUUGUAGAGACACUUCAGGCUAUUUUUCCAACACUUCAAGGGGAAGAACAUCCAGCUUCAACAACUCAGGUAAAAUGGCUUCUUUUCACAAUGCACGAGGGUUCCGAGGUAACCAAGGUGAAGAUGAAGACGUUGAUGUGAUAUCAAUGGAGCCUAUCACCAUGAUAGUGCCACUGGAGUUGCAAGACUCGCCCAGAACGGCCACGUCGGAGCGUAGCACUAGUUUGAGCGCAACGGAAGGUGCUGAAGAGGUUGGAUGCAGUGCACCAGUGGCAAGUGUAGCAGCGGAGGUGGUGGUGUUCGAAGGGUGGGAAGGUAAGGUUCUCAGUGGAAGGCUGGACAACCUUCAUAAAGCCCCCAAAACUCUAUUGGUCGGCUUCAAGUUCAGGGCGGUGCUGCAUCAUAAGGUUGCAGAUGGUGCGGCCACAGUGAAGGGGUAUAAGAAGCUGGAGGAGAUGGUGAGGCGAUUCCAGAUCCCCAGAACCAUCCUGAUCCGAGCUGGGACGCCAAACGAACGGGCGUGUUCAGUGUCGCGGAUGGGCUGGGUGCCAGUAUACAUAGACCAUUUUGACAUCAGUCUACGUUUUCCUCUGCCCGGACUAAUUUUUGAUGUCCUGGUAGAGUACGAGCUGGCCCUUUCGCAGCUUACACCCAACAGCAUAAAGUUUAUCAUAGGCUUUAUGCUGUUGUGCGAAAGGUUGGGGUUACCUGCUAAGGCGGUGGUCUUCAGGUCGCUCUUCCUAUGCCGUUUGUGCCCGUCCACUAGUGGAACGAGAUGGUACUACAUCUCUGGGAGAGAGAAGAUGAUGAUUUUCACCAAUAUAAGGAACAAAGUGGCGAGAUGGAAGAGACAGUUCGUCUUCGUUCGGGACACACGAACUGAACGAAUCAAACCGGCUGCUAGAUUACGUGAAGGCGAGGGGGUUGGUGGAUUUGGAAGCCUAGGUUACCCCGGAGCAGAUCGCACUUCUUGGGUUUGUCGACGUGGCAAACCUACACUCUCAAGAGGCAACGCCAACAAGCAUAAGGCUCGAGGAACCGGGGAGCUGGGUCCGGUUCCCAAUGUCAGUCGCGCUUUGACGAGCGGCCGCCUGCUGCAUUGGUACGCAACUCACAGCGCCGGAGUUCCAGCUCGGCACAAAGGUCGCGUGCCGAGCAAAGAGAUGAACACCGGCUCGGAGCCUGCCCCAGGCACUGUUACGCGACCUGCUAGCAUGCCCCAAGCGCUAGCUCGCGAGAUUGCUGAGGCCGCACCAGCCUCGUCGUCUGUGGCUGGGCCAAGGAUUGCAUACCCAAACGGCUUCAGUUACGCUCGGACUGAGUGCCAAGCCGCCAUGCUGCAGGGUAUGCAGAACUUUGUGCCCCCUGCAGACCGGCUGCAUGUGAAGGGGCAUGUUCAGCAGUAUGAAGGACAUGCUGCUUUAAUAAAGCUGAUGGAUGCGUUCAGCUACACUGUCGCACUCUUUGAGUGCGAACAAGGAGCGAGGACACAGAAUAAUGAGCUCCAACAGAACUGCAAACAACUGGCCUCUAAAAAGGCCAGUUUGACUGAUGAGGUCGGUCGUUUGCAUAGCUCGGAGAUGGCGAACCGAGCGAUGUCAGCUGAAAGCCGGGCUAACGAGCUGGCCCGCAAGGUAGACGAGCUGAAGGAGGAGCCCGGCCGUGCAGAGGAACGAGCUAGGAAGGCAGAGUCAGAGAGAGAGAAGACCUUGCAUGAGCUGAGCACCUUGAGAGAACGGGUGUCCCAAGCCGACCAGCACGUCGCCCGAGUAGAGGCGUCCUUGGAGAGCACUAAGAGGCUUCACCAGCGCGAUGUCUGCUUUGCCCAUGCACAGGGGGCUGAGUGGCUGGUGGGAGCGGAGAUGUUCCAGGACACCAUUGCAGUCGCUUCUGCCAACACCACCACGGACAUCUUCAACGAGGUUCGUGGGAUGGUGCUACAAGUUCGGGCUGAUUUUCCAAUCGGUGAGUUGGCUUUCUUUGAAGGCGAGGAGAUUAACGAAGAAAGAAGGAGCCUUGCCCAGCCAGCUAACACCCGGGUAAGGCUAAGGUGGGAGCUGAACGAGGAGGGGUUGCCCGUGUGGCCCCCGUCUGUGAUCGAGGAGGGGGAGGACACGGAGGGGUUGCCAAGUUUUGACCCUUGGGUGGCAAACCCCCAUGAUGUGCUAGUUGAGCCUUCCAGCACUCCCCCAUCUGCUCAGCCUCAGCCCGCACCAGUCGCUGCUUCUGCUCUUUCUCCUGCUCUCCCUCCUCCAGAUCAACCAUCUCCUGCUCGGUCUACUUUGGAGCCUAACAACGCAUCCAUCCCCAUCGACCUAACGGAUGACUAGCUUAGGAUUUUUUAUUCUCUUUUUGUAUUUUUGUGUUAAUCAAUGAACUCAUUUACCAUUUGUACUACACAUGUAAAAAGUCAUUGAUGAAAUACAAAUUCGAAUCUUUUGUUUCAAGAUUUUUGUGUAUAUUGCUGUGUACUGUUCUAUACAUUGCUCUUUACAUUUGAUUGAGGAUAAUUUGAAUUAAGACAACAACAUCAA